GAACGCUAAAAACAGACCGGUGGUAUUGUGAAAGUUUGUUAUUUUUUGUGCAACAAAAAGGUUUCUAGGCUAGUAGUGCUGAUUAAACUUAUAAAAAAUUUUGAUAAAACUAAAUGUACAAUGGCCAGUUGGGCGAAUCGCCCCCCAAUCAAAGAUACCACAAACAAUAACCCGACUUCAGCAAGAAAAAAGUGGAACCUUGAAGAUAAGAAAUCUCUACGCAACUUAAAAUAUCAUUUUGCGGAGGAUGGCUGCUCGGAGGUUCAGUACACACUGGCCAAACAGUUGCUCGAGGAGAACGCGGAAGCAGAUCCAGCCCAUAAUCAUGCCCAGGGUGUACAUUGGUUACUGCGAGCUGCUCAGCAAGGGCAUGAACAGGCUAUAGUUAUGUUGACCGAAUGCUAUCAAACCGGACGAGGAAUAAACGAAAUGAAUGAGGAGGAUGUACGAUCCUGUCUGGCGAUGAGUCCAGGAGAGCGAUCAGCUCGUAGAGCGGCCCAAGAAUUGUUUGCUUCCCUUUCGAACGGCGAAGAAUAUGUGACAGCUGCUCAGCUGGAAAAGCGAAUGCGUGAGAUUUACAAGCUGGAUAAAAAACGAAAACGAACCCGCCCGGAUGGUGCGGAAGCUGGUGAGAUUCGAAUGGAAGCCAGUCCCGAUAGGUGCGGUAAUCGACUAAAUCGAAGAACCAGCCAGUUUCAACAGAUGAACCACAUUUCCGAAGCGAAUUUGCUGUCGGCUGCCGUCAACUACUCGAAUGGAAGGCUGCCCUUCGUGGGGAAUGCUUUAAUUCUAUCCGUUCCUAAUCCGCAAAGCCUAGAUCAUGUACCUUGCUUCCACAGGCCAUUCUUUCAUCCCAUCAUGUUCUUUUCACUGCUUUAUCAUCGUCUCUUGACAAUGCUGGCUUCGUUCCCUGGCUCUGGAUUUUCCGGGAUUCAGUUGGUUUUAGUUAUGAUAGCGUAUUCGUUAUUUGCUAGCGAUAAUCUGUUUACUCUAGUUCCCGUUGGAGCGUACUACAUUAGCAUAAUUGUCAUGGUGCUGUGCAGCUUCAAAAUGUUGAAAUCUAAACAUGAAUUCAUCGAUUUCCGUAUGUGGUCGGGAUUGUUUCUGCGCUACGGCGAUGAGCACCUAAAUACGGACGAUUCCGAGAAUCAGUACCUGCGUAACAACCUUCGACCCUAUCUGUACUUCUUCAUCGCAUUUUUCACAAAUGUUAUGCUGCAUCCGAACAUCAACGAUCAGUGGUUACCGUUCUCGGAAAUUACGGUAGUCUCCUUUGUUUUGACCUUCGUCACGAUGUUGGCUUUCAUGUACACCGCAUCAGAGCGUACCUUUCCGGAUCCUAUGAUUUUGUUCUCGUUUGGGUUGAACGUGCUGGCUAAGUAUCCAUACGAGAUGGACUCGGUAGUGACAACCGGCUGGCGCUUCCUGGAUCUCAAGGUGCCCGCUUUUUCGACAUUCGUAAUUGGCAAUGGAAUUGAAUUCUGUCUGAAUUGCCGUGCGUUGCUUUAUCUGAUAAUACCGCUGUUUCUCGCGCUGAUUGCACGUCGGCACGGCUGGCGGGGUGUGUACCAGUACCUAAUACCGCACUGCGUUACCUUAGCUUGGUUGCAGAUCUGCAUUAUCAGCUCACAAUCGGCAACCAUGUUUGGACUGGUGCGUGGUGCUCUCGGACUGUCAGGAUUGCUGCUGUUUUUGCCACUGUUCGGAAUUGUAACCUUACUGAUUCCCGUUUUUGCCACUAUCGAAUGGCUGUCCCUAACCGAUUCCACCGUUCGCUUGUGGUCAUCAAUCAGUGCCGCCAUCAUUGCAAUUUUGAUCUCAUUCUAUAUGGCCGCAUCGCGACGUACGGAAAAGUACAUUACAUUCCUGCAAAUAGCAAUCUGCGUCAUAGCGACCAUCUUUCUGACGUUACCCCACAUGAUGUCCAACUUUGAAACGCUUCACUCGUCAGAAGCAGCCGGAUUGUACGACUCUAGUACCGCAAGCUCACAGUCCAAAAGUCAACCAAUGCCACCGAUGGGUCUGAGCUGGGAGUCCUACUAUAAGUUUUGUCAUCAGCCGGCUUGGGAUAGGUUGGGUAACAAAAUUCGCACUCAGCUGCGAUGUGCUCAUCUGGACGGAACGGCCGUCCGUUGGGAGGGUAGCGUAGUCGAUCUGGAAAUUGCCACACGGCGUAAUCUGCGAGCGGAUUUGAUACAUAGUUACUUGCCUCGAUUCCUGGCCAACCGUAUUGCCUGUUUCUAUGGCGAACGGGUAGAACCGUUGUGCGGUCCAACGGAGGAGCAGCAGCACUGCGAAGAAAUGAACAGCUUCAUGCAGCAGCACACGCGUUGCCACCUGGACAAGUGGAACACCUACGAAUACGAAAUAAAGGUGCGCAUGCCAUCGCUAGGAUUAUUAACGAAACCAGCCGAAGUGACGCUGCGGGCAGUGCACGCAUUCGGCAACUUUACGCAGAGUCUCAAUAACAGCGAUCGAAUUUGGUUCAUCGGGAUUUUGCGAAACUUUCUUAACCCUACCGCCACUGCUCAAACCGACCAGCCGGCAGGGGGCAGCGAUUUUGAUGAUCUGCACAUCGAUGUUGGUGGUGCUGGUGGCGGCAGAUCCGAUCGCAGCAAUAUGCGGCUGGGAAGGAAGAACCCCCUGAUAGAGGUGCUCUCGAUCGGCUGCAUUCACUGCCAAAAUCCGGAGCUGACAACGAUUCACGUGUCGGAUGGUUUGAAGGUUAACGCCCGGAUGCGGGAUCUGCUGCGCGGUAUCAAGUAUUUGUUGAAUGUCAUCUUUAAUCCACUUGUUAUUUUCAAGUAGAAAAGCUGCUGUACUGAGGGAAAAAAAUUAUCCCGAUUUUUUAUGUUUGUUUGCGUUUUUCAAUGUAUAACUACAAAUCCCUACUCGCCAGUAUAGUCGCAUUUAAUGAACGAAAGUAAAUAAUCUGAACUGCGUGCUGGACGGGAAAAAAUAGCUGUGAACAAGUUAACAAAUAUCAGAUAACAGGCUGAGAUUCUACUACUGAACGGGAAUUAUUUGCUUUUUUUUUAUUUCUUGAGAUAGAUGAUAGUCAUGAUAGAUUUUAAAUAAAUUCCACUGCUAAUGUACUGAAA